CCAGAAUUGACCAAGCCCUCGUCCACCCAGUCUCCUGCCGCCCCCAGCUCUGCUUCCCCCAGCCCUGGACCCACCCCCUCGGCGUCCCCCUCCCCUGCCACUGCGGCUGCAGGCGGCGCCCCCCCUCAGGGCGGGAACAAUGCGAAGCGUCCGGCGGUGGCCAACGGACAGCCCCCCGCAGCAGGCACCCAGGCCUCCCAGCGCUACAUGCCCCGCGAAGUGCCCCCGCGAUUCCGCUGCCAGCAAGACCACAAAGUGCUACUGAAGAGGGGCCAGCCUCCGCUGUCCUCCAUGCUACUGGGGGGAGGCACCGGGCCAGGGGGAGGAGGGGGAGACUGCCCCAAUGCAACCAUGGCUGCUGCCUCAGGUUGGUGUCUGGCACGAGUCCCGACAUGGCGCAUCAUGCAAGUUUAGGCUCUGUUCGAAUACUUUGAAGUGUGUCCAAACUUCCUAGCUCUGUCUUGGUAGAAUGUUUUGGGAAAAACAAUUUGUUCUUUCUGUGUCCAAGAACAAAACGAUUGGGCAACAGUAGAUGUGUUUAUUUAACCAUCCAUUUGAAUCAUGUGCCUUUAUGUUGUUUCCCGUCCAGAUUCCAGUCCAGGCUAUGUGGGUCCAGCUGCACCCUCACUGCCCCUCACCUCAUCAUCCUCCUCAUCAAUCGCUGCUUCUUCUACUACUUCUUCCAAUUAUGCAAAUUCCACGUGGGGGGCGGGCUCUGGCAGCCUGCCCUCCUCUCAGGGCAGGGAGAAGGUCAUCGUGGACGGCUCGGACCUGGAGGAGUGGCCUAGCAUAGCUGCUGGCGACGGGAACGGAGAAGGAGGAGGUGGAGCUUCGGUGAUGGGAAGUGGUAGUGCGUCGUCGGGUGAGGGCGGUGGUGGAAUGCCGAACAGCAGUGCCUCGUGGAAAGUUGGCGAUCCUGGCAGUCCAUCACCCACUUCCUCGUUCUCAAUGCCCAAUGAAUGUAUGCUGUCCGGCAGUGUGGUGUGGGGCUCUGCUGCCUCACAGGGUCCUGUAGGAGGCAAUGCAGCCCCAGGGACGUCAUUGCCCUCCAUUCCCAAAGCCUCCCCUCUGCCAGUGGGCCCUGAUGGCUCCCUUGGUGGCAGUGGGGGGAUCCCUGGUGCCAACUUCAACCCAAAUGCCAACCCUUCCGCUUGGCCUGCCCUGGUGCAGCAGGAUGGGGCUGGGGCAGCUUCCUCUGAGGGUGGCCCCCCCUCUUCCCUCCUCCAGAGCCUGGCUGGGUCUCUGUCUCCCCCGGGCCUAGGGAACCCACCUCUAGCUGUGAACCAAUCCACUCAUCAGCACCAACUUCACCAAAUGCAAUCCAGAGACAGAGAGCACCCGUCGGAUGGGGGGUGGGGUGGAGCGGCGCUGGAGACCGGAGCAGGACCAAAAAGCGAGGGGACAGGGGGGGGAGCCGAUAUAGACUGUGGGGGAGGAGACAACAGGGGAGAGAACCUCGCUGCCUCCCAAACCUCAUCCUCCUCCUGGGGAGGCCAGCCUUUCCCCGCUGCUAACUCCAAAACGGGUGCCUCAAGGACUGAUGGUUGGGAAGGGGGAGCUGCUGAGGGUGGUGGAGGCUCGGGGUGGGGGUACAGCGCUCAUGGGGGUAGUGGAGGGAAAUCCUGGGGCGCUGGAAGUGGGGGGGAACUUAAAACCCCCGUGGUAUCUCAGGGAGGGGGGGAAGGAGGAGAGCGAGGGUCUUCAGUUGGAGACUGGGGAGGUAAUUCAGGUGGGAUGGGUGGAAGUGGUGGAGGUGGCAAUCCAGGAGGGGAGGCUGGUGGUGUCGGCGGCCGCAGCAGUAGCAGCAGCAGCAGUGGGGGCAGCAACCCCCCUGCCGCAUCUUCCUCUCCCACAACAUCCACCACUACGACAAGAGCUUGGGACAAUCAGAAGGGGGACGGAGCGGCAGGGGGGGACACAGGGGAGUGGGGGGGAGGCCAGGGCGGUAGAGGAGGAGGAGGAGGUAAUUCAUCCAGCGGCGGGGGCGGCAAUCAGCACCACGGGUACGGUCACCACCGGUAUUCCCACCCCCCUCCGCCCAACCCUGACGUGGCCUUACAGGCAAUGCUCAGCCGCAGUGACCUGGACCCGCGCGUUCUCUCCAACACAGGCUGGGGCCAGACCCAGAUCAGACAGAACGUGGCCUGGGACCUAGAACCAGGAAAAGGAGGUUCUGGGUCGUCUGCUUCAUCCAAAAAUGCUCCACCUCCCAUGGGUCCAUCUUCUCAAUACUCCACUGGCUCUGCUACAACUACUGAUCCUAUGGUUCCUUUCCCUCUCCCUGGCUCAGCUCCUAACCUGAACUCCAACCCUUCCCUGGGGACCUCUGGUGGCUCCGGGGAGGGCUGGGAGUGUGGUAACAAUGGCAGCAGUAGUGGCAGCAACUCCAUGCCCAACCAAGGGCCACCUCCCCUGGGCUCCAACAUGAGAAACCCUCCUGGCAUCACACAAUCUGGAUCAAUGACCACUGGCGUGGGUAUGGGAGGAGGAGGAGGCCUUGGACCAGGCCAGGGGAAGCCUACAGGAGGCUGGGGCGGGGUAGGAUCAGGGGAGAGCCAAGGAAAAGGAUGGGGGAACGAAGGGUCAGAGUGGGGUGGAGGAAGGGAACGCAGAGGUGGAGGAGGAGGGUGGGGAGAUAAUGGACAACAGGGUAACCAAGGUGGAGGAGGAGGUGGAGUUGGUGGCUGGGGAAGUGGCCAGGAAGAGAAGGGGACAGGAGGAGGAUGGAAGGAGGUGGGGAGGGAUGGAGGAGGGUGGGGUGGGCAGAGGGAGAGGGGUGGGGGGGACUGGGGAGAGCGAGAGCCUAAAUCGAGCAGUGGAGGAGGAGGAUGGGGAGAGGAUAGGAAAGGAGGAGGUGGAGGUAACUCCGGUGGGGGAGACUCAGAAGUCGGUACGUGGGGUAGCUGGGACGAGGGAGCCCCGAGGAGAGCCUGGGGGGCAGGAGGUACGGGUGGAGGGGGUGGAGGAGGGGCGGGAGGUGACAUGGGAGGCAGCAAACCCCACCAGGGGCGUUGGGGUGGAGGUGGAAAGAUGCACCCGUCACAGAUGCCUAACAGCCAGACGGCUUCUGUGAAAGGCCCCAUGGCAUCGCAGCAACAAGCACAGACCCCCCAGCAGCCCCCAUCGCAGCAAGCGCUGGAACCGGGAGGAGGAGGGGGCUGGGGGAGACAACCGGGCCCCCAGCACCAGAACCAAAGCAGCUCGGGCUGGACAGCCGGACCCAUCCCAAGCGGCCCCGGGGGAGGAGAGGGGCCAGAUUCCAGCGGGUGGGAGGAACCUUCACCACAAUUCAUUAGCCGGAAGAUGGACAUUGACGAUGGGACGUCGGCUUGGGGAGACCCUAGUCAGUUUAAUAACAAGACUGUCAACCUGUGGGAGAAGAACGGCGCUCCCGCUGGUCAGCAGCCAGAAAUGCACGGCCAGGGCCAGGGACCAGGACCACCGCAGCAGCAGGGGCCACCAGCUCUACAGCACCCUGGGCCUGGGAGGCAGCCCACUGGGAUGGGAGGCAGGGACAUCAACCCUGGGCCUGGGAGGCAGCCCACUGGGAUGGGAGGCAGGGACAUCAACCCUGGGCCUGGGAGGCAGCCCACUGGGAUGGGAGGCAGGGACAUCAGCCCUGGGCCUGGGAGGCAGCCCACUGGGAUGGGAGGCAGGGACAUCAACCCUGGCCCUGGACCUGGGAAAGCUCCAGGGAUGGGUAAGAGACUAGCUGUUGGGCUAAUGUGCUAUGCUUUGUAACGAUGCUGAGCUGUUCGUAUUGAUGUGUGAAUAUAAGAUGUAGUCUAUUACUUAUCUUAUAGACAUGCGGAGCGAAAGGAAGAAUUGAUGUUAAAUCCAUAAUGGAUAAACCUUUAGAAAUCUAUAUUUUCCUAUAUAUAUUUUGCUAACACUUUACAAUAAGGUUCCAUUUGUAAGGGGUUACAAUUACGUUAUUAAUGAUUAUUUAAUCAUUUAUAAAUGCAUCAGAAAUAGGGAUGCUAAUUUCAGUCAAUUUUGCUGCCAACUAACUGACUCAUUAACUGGUUAACAAACGGUUAAAUUUUUUCCAAACAGUAAAAUGGUGUGACCAACAGAAAAUACUAUCAACAGAUCUGUAUAUAAUUAUGAGAUGCUUAUUUCUCCGCCCUGACAAUGGUAGUCGUCCCAAGGCUGGAAGGCAGGCGACACAGAAACGCGUUGGGCUUGUUUUGGACAGAUUUUGCCGCGAGUGAAACCUCUCGCUUCGCCUCUUCCUCUCUGUAAGCAUGCAUACAAGGACCGCACGUUUCAUUAAGAGCUUAAUGGAACAUUCAACAAUAGCAAGCCUAUCGUCUUACAGACAAAAGGCUAUAGCCUAUUAUUUAACAUGCAACUCAUGUAAUGAAGCCACUAAUAAAAAGUCAUUUUCCGCAAAUUGUGGAGAUAUAUCUUUCUAAACAGCAUACCUAAUGCGAGCGGUUCCAUAUGUGACAGACAUGAAAAUCUGUGUUAGAAACGUAGAAAGAGGGGGAAUUUAUAACAACAACUAUGAUGGGUUGCUAAUAUGUCAAGGAUUGUGCCUUUGGUUUCUGGACAAGAAAACCAAUAGAACAGGAGAGAAAUGCUGGUUAAUGGCAUCAGGAAGUCUUUAUAAAAUAAUUGCCUCCACGUUUCUAUGGAUGUAUUUUCGCAAGGCUAUUUUGAAGCAAGGUAAGACAUGCCUCAUUAUUUGAAGUAAAGUAAAAAUGUUCAGCUUUCAAAUAAUAACUGCCUCAAGCUCACAUUGCAAUGGAUGAUGCGCUGGUGGCAUGCCUACUGUUGACUAUAGCCUAUGCACUCGAAUGGCAAAUGGGAGGCACGCUUUAAGUACGAGUUGAGGUUGAGAAAUAAAAAAUAGCUCCCUUUUAGUCGUGGCCAUCAACGUUAUUAAUCACGCGAUUGCAUUUAGAAUUGUUAUUUGUUGCGCAAUGACUGGGCUUACAAAAGGAGCUACUCUGGCACUGUUUGACAGGUGAUAGGUUAUUCCGCUCCUCAAACUAGGCUCUGUGUGCGUGUGAUAAAUAAGAUGCAUGAUGACUAACGAAAAUACACACGCCCCAAUUUAAUUCCACUAAAUUAUGCAAAUUAACCUAUAGACCAAUAAGCAUGACCGGUCAAAUGUAUUUUCGGCGGCUAACCGAUUUAAGGGUUAACUGUUAACAUCCCUAAUUAUAAACCAUUUCAUAAAUGGUCACAUUGCAUUAGUCAAAAUAGUGCAAUAACUGGUGAGUGUUUGCCAAAUAGUGAGCCAAAUGUUUACCUCCAGUUAUUAACCAUUUUAUAAAUGCACUUACAAGCACUUAUAAGACCUUAUUUUCAAUAGUUGCACAGUUGAACAAUACUUAUUUUCCCACUUUUGGGUGUGAUGCUGUGUUGCUCUGUCCCAGGAACAGAAGAGGUUGGUAAUCAUGAUGUGUCGACUCACCUUUGAAACCCUGAUGCCCUGGCCAAAUGUACAUCCAGGACAUUGUUCAAUCAUCAUUCCUAACAUAUUACAGCUGACCAGAUUAUAUCACACUUACCACUUCUCUGUGAUAAUACAAAUAUGGUGAAUGCCCUGGUGUGAAAUGGUAACCGUAGUACCUUUGCUUAGUGAAACAGUGGAGGAGGUAUCCUGUCAUAACAUUGAAUGUUUUGGUCUUCAUACCAACCGUUCAUUGACUGAACAUGUUUAACAGUGUUGAAUCUUCUCUCGUAUGUAGUGAUGAGUACCUAUAAGUACAUUAUGUCUAAGCUCUGAGUGACCUCUCAAAUCAUCUAGAAAUGAUUUACUUCUAUAAGUAUACCUUAUUUUAAAGUGACAGACCUAUAAACAUUUAUAAAUUAGUUAUCAACAUAACUGCUAAAAGUAUACCUUAUACCUCAUACCUUGGUGUCCACCUCGCCAACAAACUAUCAUGGUCCCCCUCAGGAGACUGAAAAGAUUUGGCAUGCGUCCUCAGAUCCUCAAAAAGUUAUACAGCUGCACCGUCGAGAGCAUCCUGACUGGUUGCAUCACCGCCUGGUAUAGCAACUGCUCGGCAUCUGACUGCAAGGCACUACAGAGGGUAGUGUGUAUGGCCCUAUACCAGGCGGUGUCAGAGGAAGGCCCUAAAAAUUGUCAGACUCCAGCCACCCUAGUCGUAGACUGUUCUCUCUGCUACCGCACGGCAAGCGUACUGGAGCGCCAAGUCUAAAAAAAUACGUUUUAGGUUUUAACUAAUGCUAGCUAACAUUUCCUAGCUAGCUAGGUAGGACAGAGAUGCUAGCUAUCAACUUAGCUAGCUGAGCACCGUGCUAAAUCAUCCAGCAAAAGUUCUGUAUCCAAAAGUGAAAAAUUGCGUAGAGAAUUUACCCUAAACAUUUAAAUCUUGUGAACGUUUCUUUUGCGCAAUCUCUUCUGUCUGGCCUUUGCACUCUUCUCAUAGCCACGUACAUCCUGAUUCUUCACAAAGCACUGUCACAUUAUGUCAGUGUCAAUACAAAAUUCUGAACACGUUCCAGGUCUUUAUUUCAAGCGCAGAUUCACAGAUGGGCAGAUACUGUAUCACAAAGUCGGGAAUUUCUCAGACACCAGCGAAACACACCAAUAAUAUGGCUUGAGAUCUUCAGAUGAGGCCUUCAUUCCUCGAAUAAAUAGCUAAAUGUACCAAUGCAUCAUCAGGGUUUUAAACGUGGAGCAAGACACAUCAUGGGAGUUGACCAUUGGUCUGAAAACCAACCAUUUCUGUGCCUGGGACAGAGCAACAAUGAAUCACACCCAAAAGUGAGAAAAUAACAAUUGUUUAAUUGCGACCGUUGAAAAUAAGGUUGCAUAGGGCCUCCCGAGUGGCGUAGCGGUCUAAGGCGUCACUACAGACCCGGGUUCGAUCCCAGGCUGUGUCACAACCGGCCGUGACGGGGAGUCCCAUAGGGCGGCGCACAAAUGGCCCAACGUCGUCCGGGUUAGGCCGGGGGGCCUUGACUUGGCUCAUCGCGCUCUAGCGACUCCUUGUGCAGACUGACUUCGGUCGUCAGUUGAAUGGUGUUUCCUCCGAUACAUUGGUGCGGCUGGCUUCCGGGUUAAGCGAUCGGGUGUUAAGGACGCAUGACUCGACCUUCGCCUCUCCCGAGCCCGUUGGGGAGUUGCAGCGAUAUGAGACAAGAUCGUAAUUGGAUCACAAUUGGAUAUCACGAAAUUGGGGAGAAAAACAGGGUAAAAUACAAACAAAAUUUAUAAUAAUAAUUUUGCAUGACACAAGGGUUCAAUAUUAUGUGCAUUUAUAAAUGGUUAAUAGCUGGAGGUAAAUAGUGGCUCACUAUUUGGCAAGCACGGACUGGCUAUAGCACUAUUUUGACCAAUUUGUUAUACCCCAUUUAUUAAUGUUUUAUAAUGCAGUUACAAAUUAUUAUAACCGUUAAUAACGUAAAUACAAACCCUUUAUAAACCCUUUACAAAUGGAACCUUAUUGUAAAUUGUUAACGAUUUUUCAUAAUUCUAUAGAGCACAGUACAUAAAUCAAACAAACCACUAUCACUGAUGGAUUGAUCCCAAUGUUUUCCUGUGUGUAGCUCCAUCGUCCGCCUGGGACGGUGGCUCUCCCUCGGACCCCCCGGUGGACAAUGGCACUGCAGCCUGGGGGAAACCCACUGAGACCCCCACCGGCUGGGAAGACCCUGGGAAGACCACCUCUGGCUGGGGAAACCCCUCACCCAACCCCAUCAAAUCUGGUAAGGGAACUAACUACUGUAAAGUCUCAAAAAGACCUGAUGAUGGCUGAUUGUCUAACUAUAGGUACAGUGCUUUCGGAAAGUAUUCAGGCAACUUUACUUUUUCCACAUUUUGUUACGUUACAGCCUUAUUCAAAAAAAAAUAAUCCCUCAUCAAUCUACACACAAUACCCCAUAAUGACAAAGCAAAAAUAUGUUUUUAAACAAUUGAUUUUAUCACAUUUACAUAAGUAUUCAGACCCUUUACUCAGUACUUUGUUGAAGCACCUUUGGCAGCGAUUACUGCCUUGAUUCUUCUUGGGUAUGAUGCUACAAGCCUUGCACACCUGUAUUUGGGGAGUUUCUCUAAUUUUUCUCUGCAGAUCCUCUCAAGCUCUGUCAGGUUGGAUGGGGAAUGUCGCUGCACAGCUAUUUUCAGGUCUCUCCAGAGAUGUUCAAGGCCGGGCUCGGGCUUGGCCACUCAAGUGCAUUCAAAGACUUGUCCCGAAGCUGCUCCUGCAUUGUCUUGGCUGUGUGCUUAGGGUUGUUGUCCUGUUGGAAGGUGAACAUUAGCCCCAGUCUGAGGUCCUGAGUGCUCUGGAGCAGGUUUUCAUCAAGGAUCUCUCUGUACUUUGCUCCGUUCAUCUUUCCCUCGAUCCUGACUAGUCUCCCUGUACCUGCCGCUGAAAAACAUCCCCACAGCAUGAUGCUGCCACCACCAUGCUUCACCGUAGGGAUGGUGCUAGGUUUCCUCCAGACGUGACGCUUGGCAUUCAGGCCAAAGAGUUCAAGCUUGGUUUUAUCAGACCAGAGAAUGUUGUUUCUCAAGGUCUGAGAGUCCUUAGGUGCCUUUUGGCAAACUCCAAGCGGGCUGUCAUGUGCCUUUUACUGAGUGGCGGCUUCCGUCUGGCCACUUUACCAUAAAGGCCUGAUUGGUGGAGUGCUGCAGAGAUGGUUGUACUUCUGGAAGGCUGUCCCAUUUCCACAGAGGAACUCUGGAGCUCUGUCAGAGUGACCAUCGGGUUCUUAGUCACCUCCUUGACCAAGGCCCUUCUCCCCCGAUUGCUCAGAUUGGCUUGGUGGCCAGCUCUAGGAAGUCUUGGUGGUUCCAAACUUCUUCCAUUUAAGAAUGAUGGAAGCCACUGUGUUCUUGGGGACCUUCAAUGCUGUAGACAUUUUUUGGUACCCUUCCCCAGAUCUGUGCCUCAACACAAUCCUGUCUCGGAGCUCUACGGACAAUUUAUUUGACCUCGUUGCUUGGUUUUUGCUCUGACAUGCGCUGUCAACUGUGGGACCUUAUAUAGACAAGUGUGUGCCUUUCCAAAUCUUGUCCAAUCAAUUACAUUUACUACAGGUGGACUCCAAUCAAGUUGUAGAAACAUCUCAAGGAUGAUCAAUGGAAGCUCAAUUCCGUGUCUCAUAGCAAAGGGUCUGAAUACUUAUGUACUUCAUACAUUUGCAAACAUUUCUAAACCUGUUUUCGCUUUGUCAUUAUGGGGUAUUGUGUGUAGAUUGAUGAGGGAAAACGUUUAUUUAAUCCAUUUUAGAAUGAGGCUGUAACGUAACAAAAUGUGGAUAAAGGGAAGGGGUCUGAAUACUUUCCGAAUGCACUGUAUUGCGUAAGCGUAGCUGUGUGACGAGUCACCUUUGCAGAGUGACUUGAUUUAGUCUCCCAAAGAAUCCAGACAGUCACAUAUUUGCAUUGUCAUCAUAACACAGCAUUUUGUUAACAUGGUAAUAUGUUAUUAUUAUGUUCUUAUGGCGUAAUAAUGCUAGUCAUUGUUAUUUCCCUAGCAGGUUCAAAGUCUAUGCAAGAAGGAGGCUGGGGUGAGGGCGACCAGGGCUCUGUGGCAGCCUCUCGUCACUCCAGCUGGGAGGAAGAGGAGGAGGGAGGAGGAGGGGUGUGGAGCAGCGCUGGGUCCCAGGGCAGCAGCUCUUCCUACAACAGUGGGGGCUGGGGCCAAGGUCACGGGGGCAAGAAGCCCAACAACAAGGUAGAAAAGCAUCCACAAUGAGGGGGGAGGUUUGUUUGGUUGUUUCCUCAUUCAAAUACUUGAGAGGAGUUAGAUUUUUGAUGAGGCCUUUUGAUGUGAAGAUUACUUUUUGUUUGACUAUGUUUGUGGCAGAAAUGUUAUAUAUGUAUGUUUGUCUCGCAGGCUCCAUUGAAGAGUGGAGGAGGAGACUCCUGGAUGAACCCCAUGAACAAACAGUUCUCCAACAUGGGGCUCCUGGUAAGUUUCAGAGCAAAUACAAGGUUUAGAGUCCAUAGGCAUCCACUGUAUGGGCAGGCAUAGGUUGUUUGAGAUACUGUAUGUAGUGAGAUAUGUUUUGUUGUAGCUAUUACAAUGAGGAUGACAUGCCAAGCAGGGCCUAAAAUUAACUUUUUGUGUGGCAGGUAGAUGGCCAAAUAUGUUUUUGCCAUAAUUAUUUUUAAAAAGAUAUAUAGAAAAACUGAUGACGAUGCCUAAUGUUUCCAAAAAAUGUAUUAGUAAGAAGUAAUGUGAUAUAAACUCAGCAAAAAAAGAAACGUCCUCACUGUCAACUGCGUUUAUUUUCAGCAUACUUAAUGUGUAAAUAUUUGUAUGAACAUAACAAGAUUCAACAACUGAGACAUAAACUGAACAAGUUCCACAGACAUGUGACUAACAGAAAUGGAAUAAUGUGUCCCUGAACAAAAGAAAACUAAGUUUUCAUAACUGUGACCUACCGUCUGUAAGCUGUUAGCGUCUUAACGACUGUUCCACAGGUGCAUGUUCAUUAAUUGUUUAUGGUUCAGUGGGAAACAGUGUUUAAACCCUUUACAAUGAAGAUCUGUGAAGUUAUUUGGAUUUUCACAAAUUAUCUUUGAAAGACAGGGUCCUGAAAAAGGGAUGUUUCUUUUUUUGCUGUGUGUGUGUGUAUAUAUAUAUAUAUAUAUAUAUAUAUAUAGCUACAUUUCAUAAAACAUUUUGUGACCUGAGUCUUUUAAUCAAAAUAUCAGAUGAGUUAAAGUAUUCAGCUUCCACUUUAAGUGCAGGAGAUUACUGUGGUAACGGGGCCUCUGGAGUCAGUCGUGUGUGUGUGAGAUUUUGGAUCUGACUAGUAGUAGACAGCAUCUCUUCGCUAUCAGUUGAAGCAGUAGAUUCAAAGUAACAUUGAAAAACAACCGACCUUGUGAUCAAAACAAUCUAAAUAGCCAAGAAACACGAGGACAAAGUCUCACUUUGUAGACUUUCAAGUACAUUUGAUCAACUUUUAUGCCUGUGCGCAGUGCCUCCAAAAAUGUAUCUAUCAGCACACUGCACAAAGCUCCCUAGCCAGGCAGUGUUGCUGCGCGAGGGUGGUCAUAGAUCCGUAAUUCUUUAUGCGAUUAGCAGCUAUGAAACAUAACGGCAGAAAUGCUCUCAAAACAGCUACUGCAGGGCUUCUCGAGUGGCGCUGUGGUCUAAGGCACUGCUUUGCAGUGCUAGAGGCGUCACUACAGACCCAGGUUUGAUCCAGGGCUGUAUCACAACUGGCCGUGAUUGGGAGUCCCAAAUGUGAACAUAAUGCUCGCACUGUAGAGCCCUGCAAAUCGACCACCCGCCUACGUGACUGGUGAAAUAGACAUUCUUACCCGCCAAUACCUAAAUCCACCCGCAUUUGGCUGGUGUUAAUUUUAUGCCCUGAUGUCAUGUCAUAGCCAUGUUGGGAUUGAUUAUGAUGGUGGUAGUGAUGAAGAAAUGUGCUGUGUUUGUAGGGUGAUGAUCCUAGCAGGCGGCCUCUGGACUUGGCCCCUGGUCCUCCUCAGGAUAAGAAAAUGGAGGGAGAGAUGCGAGGGAUGGGCCUGAAUGACUACAAUGGAGAGAUGCGUAAAGGAGGGCAGAGAGGAGUUGGGGGGAGGAGGAGGGAUGCUCUACCGUUCACCUGGUUCCAAAGAGAUGGGGCCUGGCGACCCUGGGCCUUGUUAUGA